AUGCUAAGGGUAAGUGUGGUCCUGUGUGGCCUUCAUAAAUCUUGAAAUGCCAGGGUCUCCAUGCAUUGUGCUUCAAUCAAGCACAAUAGUUUCAAGCCUGACAAGUUGUAUCAGCUGGCAUGAAACACACAUUCAUUAAGCCGGAAGUGCAAAUCUUCCAAAAUCUGGACUGUGUCUUUCAUUUAGUAGGUUGGCUAUCCUUCCUGAAACUACUACUUCCUCUUCAUUUUACAGUUCCAUUCUCCACCUCAGAUGUCUUGCUCAGCAGGUUUUUUCCUCAAACUGUGGUCAGCAAAUAAAUACCACUUCCUUCCAUGUGUCCUCCUAAAAUCCAGUGAGGCUCAAUUCAUCUCAAAGUUCUGCAAACCACAUUUGGAGUCUUGCCUGCUGUCCAGCUAUAUGAAAGGGAAGCUAAAAUAACACCAACACCACAGGAACAUAAAUGGGCUCUUUUUCCUAUACAUUUCAGUGCCAUCUGCUGGAACUGGAAGAGUGAAAGGAAGAGCUCUCACUCACUCCCUCUCCUCUCACUGGAUGGUGACAGCCAUAGGAAAGAUUAAUGAUGAUGUUUUUAGCUAGAUAAAUUUAAUUUAAACAGUCUUUGAAAUGAAAUGAAGUUAACUUUCAACUUGUUGACAGUGGAAACAUUUAAGUUAGGAAGUUACCUAGUAAGUUCAUUUGUGAGAAAUGGGCUCAAAAAUGAUGAAUUGCCUUUUGAUGUUAUUUUUCUUUUUCAAAUGCAGUGAGUGGGUUUCUUGUGCAUUAAUUUACCCACAACUUGUUCUGCUUCACCUGACAGCAACACUUGUCAUACAGUUUUCAGAAUGGUGAAGAAUGGGGUUUUUUUAAUUGUUUUUUAACAUGCUUGGAACAUAUUGAGAGAUUCUGUGUGCCUAAUAGACUAUACUGCAUCAGUGGCUAUAUUACACUUAUUGGCUGAUAAAGCACUUGUAGUUAGUUGACUUACUUUAGGUAAAAAUGAUCUCACAGUAAGAACAAAGGAAGCAUUUUUUUGUCAGGACAGGGCGGGGGGAGGGGGACCUAGAUCUUCAUGCCAAAAAAAUAGUCAUGCAAAACAAAACCUCCCCUUUCCAGUAAAGUGAACUGGAUGUGUAAAGGAAUUUGAAACAGAAAGCAGAACUCGACAGCAGGCUGUAAUUUAAAAGGCUGGAAGAAUCAGAAUUCCUAAUGAAACCCUUUCUCCUUAUUAGCCGUGUAGGAGCCUUGCAUCAGAUGAAGACAUGAGCUGGUUCGGUUGGGUAGGUGAGUAAUGAGAUUCUCACAUAACCACAGCUUGACUGCCCUCAUUUUGCAAAACCCCUCUGCACUUCUGAAUUCUGUAACUAGCACUUUGUAUACAGUAGUCCAGUAGCAAUGGGAUGUGUUGCAAAAGGAAGGCUGUAUAAAGUCAACCCAGGGAGAGCCAUGGCUAUCUGGCCAAAAGGGUGGGAGAUGAACUAUCAUAGGACUAGGGUAUCUGUUCCAACCUCAGCUGGUGAAUUACUUGAUUGAAAAGCCCUAGAGGCAGAAUAUAUGGGGCUUCCCACCUGCCUGAAAGUAAUAGGAAAGGGAAGUCAGUGUGGUUUUGAAUGAAUGGACGUGGACACAGUGUUAGAAGGGUGUGUGUGUGUUAAGCCUGCAUACAGUGUGAUCUACAGACAUGUAUCUGAGUCUGGUAAGGAAUGAGUACAGAGACAGAACAACUAUGUAGAAGACCUGGGUCACCUUUCAGGAGCACAGGAUUCAUUACCUCCAAUGGCCUUGUUCAUGUUUACGAGACUCUUUGUGCACUAACUGCAUGAAGGGGCUCCACGUGAUUUAAGGUGUUCCAGGGCUCUACUGUUGCUCCACUCCUUGACAUCCAUGUGUUGAGCGUAGACACCCACAAAGGGUGGUUAGCUCUCUUAAGGGCAGUAGAUCCCUGAUCAUCUUAGGCUCAGGGGUCAAACUAUAGAUGACAGGUAUGUUUGAUUUAGCUUUUAUUUUAGAGUUAAAACUGCCCCGGGCAAUUUUGGAAUACGCUUCCCAUUUAGAUCAAAGGCCUGUAGUAGCAACUGAUGAAUUUGUCAAAUUCAGUUUCUUACGUUUCCGGUCUUAAUUAAGUUCAGUUACCAACAUUUCUGUAUUGGUUCCUUCCUUCCUUCCUUCCUUCCUUCCUUCCUUCCUUCCUUUCUUUCUCACCCAAAAUUGGCAGCAUUUUAUUCACAUUUCCUCUCAAUAUACACAUUUUUGCGAGCCAUUUCCCUUAAUUAAAUACACCUUUGCAUGUCAUGUUCUCAAAUGGAUGCUUUUUUCUCAUACUUUCCCUAAUAUACACAAGUUAUGGCCCUGUUUUGGCCAUCCCCUAAUAACAGCCCUGUUAUUGUGACCACAGCUACUUGCAGACUUGGGCAAACACUGAAGCAGGCUUCCAGAGAUCUGAAAUAGAUCAUCCAUAUGAUCCUUCAAAGUUACAUUGAAUAAAGCAUCUCAAGCUCUGAUCAUAGCAGUGACCUGUUCUACACGAUCUUGCUUCCUUGUACUCUCUGACGUUUAAAGUAAUUAGUCUCUGUCUUCCCUCAAAAUGACUGUCCCCUUUCUGUAGAAAUGGGAUUUUUCUUAGGUUCAAAGAAAGCUGAGCAUCUAGAGGAAGCUGCACCAUUGGGACAACUAGCUGAUUGUCAGAUGAAGUCACAACACGUCUGGGACAUUUGGAAAUGCAGUGAAAACCAACUGCAUUUCACAAACCCAGGUAAAUGGAUUUGGUUCACUUUUAUCUUAUGCCAUUGGCUGUCUGGUGUUUUCUGUUAAACAGGUUAGGUUUGUCAAGAUUGCGGUACUACUUGGAUAAAUGCAUGUGGAACUGCCACACAUUUGGCCUAGCUAGCUUCAUCUUAACUAUUCUGACAGGCAAGUCCCAGAUCCUGAGAUCUUCUGCAUGCAAAGCACGUGGUCUCUUUGCAGGAGGCCCAGAAAUGCCACCACAGGUGACUGUUGCUCCACUCUUUCUGUGACCUCUGUCCUUGUUCUUAUAGGAAACAGGAUGGCUGUGUACUAUCUCUAG